AUAAAUGGCGUCAUUUUAGAGAUAUUAUGUCGAUAUCCUCAAUUCAUAAUUUCGUCGACGAUAAGCUUUCUUUGAGGUUUUAGCCUAAAAUAUGGCCAAAAUAUCUAACCCGACCAAGGAGGCUCGUGCGAUAAUACACGACGAGUCGCACACUGACCAUGUGGGUUCGUCCAAAAUCAUCGUCACCUUCGUUCUCGGUACCAUCAUCGUAUCCAAUGUGAUCAUGGCCGCAUUCACUGUCAGGGUCGGUGUUUUGAUGGUCUUUGUGUGUGGAGUCGUAUUCACAUCGUGGAAUUUGGACGUUUUAGUAAACAAGCAAGACUUUAAUCAUGGCAGAAAACAAAUCAUCAAUAGUGACAUCGAUGACCACCUGACAACUAGCAAUGGCGAUAAAAAGGAGAAUGUGAUUAGCGGAGGGAAUCUUCAAAGCAUAAAUCUAACCAAUGUGGAACCUGGACAAAGAAUGGUGAUAUCUGAUAAAGUUCCAGGAUAUGUUGGAGACCCGAUCUAUCCGUUCGAGGAAGAAAACACUGGUGAAGAAAGUGAGAAUGAUGAUGAUGGAUCAAGAUCAGAUCAUGAUAAUGUGAUAACAAACAAUUCCUCUCAUCAAGAUAUAAAGACAUUCUUCACGGCAGUUCAGACAACGUUCAAAGACGUUCAAAUUUUACCAAACCGGUCUAUUCCGACGCUUGAAUUUCUUGAUGCCUGUCUCAAUGCAGUUCAGAUACUCAAAAAUAUGAGAAGAGCAAUAUUUGAUCGGGUGGAGGCUGAUGUACAAGGAAAUAUAAAGAAAAUUCGUGAUAACUACAAUAGUCAUCCAGAUGAAAGCUAUACUCUUCAGUCUAUGAUCUUACAUGAUGUAGAAGAGUUAGAAAUACUAAACAACGAUCCAGACUAUUAUGCAACAUCAACCAUUCUUGCCCUGAAAUGGCUCGUCAGAGCAUUUCGAUUUAUAUCAAGGUUCAUGAAAUAUAUCAUCGAGGGACGAGAUCAGAUUCAGAGCGCUAAUAAAGCCUAUGAUGAGACGCUAAAAAUGCAUCAUGGGUUUAUCGCCAGGGCGAUUUUUAAGACUGCAUUCUUGACACUUUCAACUCGACGUGACUUCCUGAAAGAAUUUGCAUUGAACGAGGCUGACUUCGCUAGACCCGAUUUUGAAGAAAAAGUCAUCGCAGAUUCCCGGGAUUAUUUCAUCGCCUUAGAUGAGAGAUUGGAAAUCAUCGAAAGAUUCUUUUUACAGCAUGAUAUAGAACUUUAAUCAUCUUGAAUAUUAUAUCGUCAUAUUAUUUUAUGCACUCUUUUUAUGCUGAAUAAACUGCUGCUUUUGAAGUAUAUGAUGCUCAUGUUUCAUAUGAUAUAUUCAUAUGAUGUUUAAAUUCAUAAUCAUUCACACGCGAUCAGUUGCCUACGAUGUGUUGUGAUUUUUUAUCAACAUAAAAAUGUGUUCUAAACUUGUAAUCUGUAUUCGUAAAUAUAGCCUGUAUACAAGAACAUUGAACUAACAUAUUUGAAAAGAGAAGGUAAAUACAGAUAGAUGGAAGAGUGGAACCGGGGAAUGGAUAGUACUUUCAACAUUGCUACUGCAUUUUAGUCUGAACAUAUUAGUCUAUUUGCAUUAAUGCAGAAA